GUCGUUCCUCAUCCAAUCGCCUAUGAGACGAGUCUCCGUCAUCCCGCCAAUCCACAGAAUGCCGAUGCGCUUAUCAACGAUUCUGUCACCACCACUACCACAAUUGAAGUGUUCCGUACCCCGGGUUGUGGCUCUGCCCCUCCACCGGUACCCAGUGUUGAUGAUCGGCCGGUGUUGCUGAGAGAGAAGAAUGUAAAUGGACCGGGCUAUGAAAGUGGACCAGUCAAAGGACAGAAACCUCCAUCAACGAUCGCCCCUGUUAAAGUGCUCAAACAAUGCAUGGAAAGGCGGGUUCAGGUGGAAAGAGACGUGUUGAAGCAUCAACAAGGAAGAGGAAAUGUCUACGAUCCAUAUGCCGGUGAACGAUCACCCUUCGCGAACGCAGUAACCUCUCCACUACCCUCCAGCUCGUCGACAGUUCCAACUUCCAACCGUGAAAGCUCAUUGAUGAGCGGUUGCUACCGCGCUCUACGAGCAGAACUGCAUAUUUCGUUAAGUCUCCAACGGAGUUCUCAACAGUUUCUCACCCAGUAA